UUGCACAACAUGUACUCAUCUUACUAUUAUCCUUCUAGUUUCUGUGGGGCAUAUGCAACAAACUUCUCUAAUUUGUGGUUCAAUAGAAGAGGUACCUCAAUUGAGCCAUUCUCUGAUCCUCCAAAUUCCACUUCAAAUCUUAUGGCAAACUUUGGAACUACACAAAGAACACCCAACACUACCACCACACCUUCACCACCCUCCUUAGACCCUUACGAACCAAAAGGGCCUCAUGAAAAGUUGUACACUGAUUUCAAAAUCUACUGGCCCUUCACCAUGCCCCUGACUUCAGAAGCUGCAGCAAUUCGUGUCAUCAGAAACUUGGAGCAUCUUGGCUUGUACUACACACUCUUUGUGUGGAUCAUACUCUUCAUAGUCCUCAUUCCUCAUCUGUUUGCAACAUUUGUGCAGCUGAUUUUGACUGAGGCAGGGAUUCAACUUGCUGUGACUUUGGCUUGUGCUGUGCCUUUUGUUUUGGUGCAUGCAGUUUUGUGGGUUAGUCAUCAUGCCUUUGAGAUUGAGGAUGAUUCUGGCACCAAAGAACUGACUCCUCUUGUUGGCCAUAAUGGAUGUGCAUGUCGAGCCAAGGCUCUAGAGAAUGUUUGAUGUUUGAUUUUGGUUGUACAUACUACAUUGUCCACUUCAUAGUUUUAAAUUGCAAGUUAAAAGGAAAAAAUGUUCAUAGUUAU